CUGCGACAGUCUGAAGGAGGCGGGGCGUGUGUUAAUGCAAUAAUCAUAAAGUAAAACACAAAUGUGUGCUUUUCAUCGCCACUUACUGUUGUUGUGUUGACAUUAUCAGAUGCACGUUAAGGAUUUGGAUGCGAGCGUCGUCAUGUGACUUUAUAAUGGAGCAUAUCGUCGCUUCAAACAUACACAACUGACCAGCAAAGUCGCAGUAGGAGCCCGCUUUUUAGUGUGCCGUUACCGUGUUGUCCAGCAUGGGCCGACUGGACGACGCUGCCAAGCGCAAGGUGGUGGAGCUGCGGGAGGCGGGCUUGAGCUUCCGGAAGAUCAAAGCCGUGCUGGAGCUGGAGAACAUCAAGGUGUCUGCGCAGGCCAUCUACCUUUUCCUGAAGGAGUUUCAAGGCAGAGCUCGGAAGGAGGACGGGGCCGCUAGGAACAGCGGCCACACGGGGCCGACGGCAGGCUCUGAGACGCGCCGGGUCGGCUGGAGCGAUCAGCAGCUGAGGAACCUCCUCAGAGAAGCUUCCAGAGUCGCUGCUUCCCAACAGGCCGGGUCCUCCUCGGAUGCGAGAGGAGGACAGUCUUCCGGGACGGGUCCGGCAGGGAGGAGGGAGGCUCAGGGUGGGGAGAAAGACGAGGACAUCCGGAUUGUCAGCGUGACCUCGUUGGCACAGGGAUCGCAGAAUGCUGGGAUCCAAGGGCCGCGCUCGGGAGUCGGGACGGGAGCGAUGAGCGGCGCUUCUUAUGUUAGACGACGACACACACCUUCACCUGCCAAUCCUGUGCUAGUGGCUCGCAAACGACUCCUGGAUAAGGCUUUGCUCCACAGAGCGCGGGUAAGAGACAGCGGUCCCCAGACCGGCCAGCAGGUGUCGGUGUCAGUGAGACGAGACCCGUCCUGCUUCUCUGGUCCUGAUGGGAGAAAGCUUGUGUUACCACAGACGGCUUCUUAUGACCUCACUACAGCCAGACCUCCAAACAUCAGAUUAUUGCACCAAGGAGCCAGUCCUCACAGGAGAUGGAUGAACCAGCGUGUGGGUGUUCCUGUUCGUGCUCCUCAACACCCUCCCCGUAUCGACAUCCGCCUCCCCGACCCGGCCACCUCUGGGGCGACAUCCCAAAAUGCAUCCCCCUCCGCACGGGUCCAAAGCGUGACCACCCAGCCUUCCCCUCCUCCUCCUCCCCAGCGGAGCGUCCUGGACCCUGCCGCCGUGAGCACCCUGCAGGAGCAGAUCCAGUCGUUGGGCUCAGAGCUGAGGAGUUUGGGCCUGGCGUUGAGGAUGAUGGUGGACCAACAAGGCCGACUGGAGAGAGAACAAUCCCAGCAGACUCAAGUCCAGAAGCAGAUCCUCAGCACCCUGCAGGAUCUCGCAUCCAAAUUCGACCCUCUGCAGUCCUCAUGCGCUCCAGCGUCGUGUUCGCUGGCCUCUUCGGCCCCGUUCAGCCAGACGGCGACGGGCCAGGGCGCCUACGCUCAGUGCAGCCAAGCCCAGACGCGAUACAACGAGAUCCACGAUUCUGGUCUCGAGAGCAUCGAGGUGUUCUCUCUGGACCAGCUCAGCCCACCCACCAUGAACGGGUUUCAGCAGUGCCCGACCUCCAGCGGGCCCCCGUUCACCCACGCACAAGCGCGUACCACGACGUUCACUCAGUCCCACACGCAAGCGUACUCGCCCAGCACACUCCCGUAUUCACAGCCACACACAGACUCCUUUACAGGGAUGGAUAGUAAAUCAGGAGACAUGCCCUCCACCAGUGCAGAGGGAUCAUUCCAGGCGUGUAGCCCUGCUGACCAGUCCUCUAGUCUUCCGGUUUCACCGCACGAGCCCGAGCUGAACAUCAUCAAGGUGGAGAACGUCUGAAACCUGGACUUCAGUGUCCAAAUGCUUUGGGCUACAGCGCAUUUUAUUUUACUUUAUUGUACUCUUUUUAGGUUACCAGAGAAACUGACACCAAGAAACUUAUACCAAGUUAAA